GAAUCAAGUUCAGUCAUACCGCAACGGUUUCCGUCGUCGGUUUGUUAGUGUAGUGUUAGCGGCAUUGUUGGGUACCUUAAAAGCGUAAAACCCCAUAAUCAUCUUCGACAACAAGAACAACGGUUGUUACAUAAAUACAAAGUGUGGUGUUUUCAAAGAGAAUCAAAUCUAAUAAAAAAAUAUUCAUUUUCGAAAAAAUCAUUUCACCCACAAAAAGCUAUUUCGAUUCGAAGAAAAGCAAAAGUAAAAGUGAAAUUUUCUAAAUUCAAGAACAAAUUAAAUUAAUCAAAUUAUUUGAAUAAAAUUGAGAUUGGCUGCAGAUUUGAGUUAUCGCUUUGUGUCAAGCAUCCAAACAACCUGUCUUCGUCUUUAAGCAAAUCAAUCAUGUCAUUCAAACUCUUCCUGCUGGUUGUGACGGUGGCAUUGUUCGUAACAAUGCCUGUCAGACCGGUAAAUGGAUCAGCAGUCCUCAUUUCCGAUAUGACAAUGACAGUUAUGGUGGAAUUAUCUUCACGUUAUCCAUUUUGUAAAAUGCAUACCGAUAGGGGUGACAUACAACGGAUGUUAUUACAGGCAGAUCCAAGGCGUAUACGACAAGUACCCCGAGAAUCGGUAAUGGAAUUGGAAGAUGUGUGCAAAAAUUCUGGCUCUCAUGGUCAUGAGUUCCGUGGCGGCUUGGGUUUUAUCUAUCCCGGUACAAAAUGGUGUGGACCAGGAACCGCUGCAAUUGAUUACAAUGACCUGGGUGUACAUGCCGAUGAGGAUCGUUGCUGUCGUGAGCAUGAUCAUUGUCCGAAUGUCUUAAAUGUGGGCGAGUGCAGACGCGGCCUCUGCAACACCGGCACUUUUACACGCUCCCACUGUGAUUGUGAUGCUCGUUUCAGACGCUGUCUACAAUCUCUUAAUACAGAAACUGCAAAUACAUUGGGCGCCAUUUUCUACAACGUUGUCCAGGUCACCUGUUUCCAGGAACGCAGUCCCUGUUCGGUUCAUCAAAGGUUUGAUGAUUUCUAUUACAGUUCAAAUCAGUGUGACAUUGAGUUCCGUUCAGCCGAUUUAUAUGUUCCACCCAAUGCGGGAAAUCUAAUACGAAAAAUCCUCUCAAAGCCCUAUGGCAUAACGAAUCCCAUCCCACAAUAUGACCAAUAUCCCUACUUUGAGGGUGGCCGUUCGUUGCAAACUUCACCGGCAUUCAAUCCAUUCUAUAAUGUGGGUCAGAAUGUGAAGAGUGCCUCGCGUCGUGUUGGCGUCAAACUGGCUUCAGUCGGUUUGGCUGCACGCAAUUUGCUACGCGAAAUUGUCCGUAGUCCGAGAGUUUUGUGGGAUAGUUUAAAUGCUCCGGUAAGCCGGGAUUUGCCACCCGGAGGGGGACCGAAUUACUACAGAUAUAAUCGGCCCAGAGGUGGUAACAGAUAUCAAGAGUAUACACCAUAUCAAAGUAAUUGGUAUUAUUAAUGGUGUACCACUGUCCAUUCGAAAGACUGAACUCUCUCUCUCUCUCUCUGAUUUAGAGAGUUGCCAGAUGCUUAGAAUCGCAUUCAUUGUUGCACUGUAAAUUUAUUGCACUUCGAUUCGAUUUGUUUUUAGUUAAUCAGUAUUGCCAUAUUAUGCAUUAUGUAUGUAUGUAGUUAGGUUUAGUUUUAAGUUGUACAUUACA